UCGCUGCAGAUCGUUCUCUCAACUCAAUUGGGUUGCCGGUUGUGGUUGUUGUUGUUAUUGUUGUUGGAUCUUUGUUGCACUGUCGAUAUAAUGUGGGCGAAGAGUUUGAGGAAAGCCCUUUCCAGAGUAACGACUCCGAUGGUGCGGCGGCUGAGUGCCCGGAUUGUGGACGAGUCCUAUAUUGAGGUAAAGCCAUCGCAAUCAGUCGCUCCGGCAUUGACCUUUCCAGGCAUUUGGUUGCGGGACAAUUGUCGCUGUCCAGCCUGCUUCCACGACAGCUCCCAGUCGCGCCGACUGGACUGGGAUCACUUUGACACGAGUGUACGGCCAUUGACCCUUCAUGUGGAUGCGGACAAGGAGCAGCUGCAGGUUCGCUGGAGCGAUAACCACGAAAGCAUCUACGAAAUGGACUGGCUGCGAAGUCAUAGCUUCGAUGGAGACAGCCAAAGCUCAUAUCUGAAUGACUUUUACCGUCCACGCACCAGACACUGGGCGGGUGCGCUGUUUGAGGAGGUUGCACGGCGUUUCGAGUUCGAUCAGGUGAUGUCGGAGGACUCUGCACUGCAGCAAUGGCUGCACGCUCUGGCCGUCUAUGGCGUGGCGCUGCUGAACGGGGCGCCGCUGGAUGAGGGCGUAGUGCGACGGCUGGCAGAGCGAGUGGGAUUCAUCAGGCGCACCACAUACGGCGAAGAAUUCAUAGUUCAGGCCAAGCCUGGCGCUCAGAACUAUGCCUACCUGUCGCUGCCGCUGCCGCUGCAUACGGAUCUGCCCUAUUAUGAGUACAAGCCGAGCGUCAACAUACUGCACUGUGUGGUGCAGACAAAGUCGCGGGGCGGCAGCAAUCUCCUCGUGGAUGCCUAUCACAUUGCAGACCGAUUGCGGGAGGAGUAUCCGUCGGACUUUGCGCGACUCAGUCGCACGCCUGUCGACUGGAAUGACAUUGGCAGCGAGGAUGGAAGCGAGUUUCACAAUAUUUGGCGUGCGCCAGUGAUCUGCUUGGAUGAUGCCGGCGAGUAUACUCGGAUCAACCACAGUGUGCCGCAGCGGGACAGUCACUUCAAUGUGCCACUGAAGCAGGUGCUACCAUGGUACGAGUCCUAUGCACGCUUCGUGAAGAUGGCCCGCGAAGAUGCGCAUUCCUUCAAGACGCAGCCCGGCGAUGUGCUGACCUUCAACAAUCUGCGGCUAUUGCACGGCCGUACUGGCUAUGAUGACACCGAGAACAACUCGCGGUAUAUUGUGGGUGCCUAUCUUGACUGGGACAUCAUCUACUCGCGGCUGCGCGUCCUUAAAAAGCGGCUAGGCUCAGUACACACAGUCCCACCCACAGUCAAGUGAUUCCCUCCACCUCAUGCUCUUCCUUAACCAGCUUAUUCUCUGCUUGAAUGCGCAAAUAAAAUUAAGUUCAGCGACAUAUUUUUCAAGCCA